GGGGGAGAUUCUGCAGAGUCUCACCCCGCCAGCUCCUUCGCUCUUGGGCUCUUUGAGUUAGUCCGGUUGUUCGCGAUUACCGAGGCCGCCGCAGCGAACGGAGUGGGCUCGUCCGGCGUGGCCCGCGUGCCUCCGCCUCCUUCAUCGGCGUGGCCCUGAUGGUGCGGGAGGCUCUAGACUCCUGACCCUCUGGAGCGAAUUUGAGGUUUUCUUCACGUGCAUGGCCUAGAAGAUGAAUUCUUCCUCCUCUACCAUGAAUGAAGAACCUGAUGCUCUAUCAGUAGUUAACCAGCUACGAGAUUUAGCAGCAGAUCCAUUAAAUAGACGAGCCAUCGUCCAGGACCAGGGAUGUCUGCCUGGCCUUAUUUUGUUUAUGGACCAUCCCAACCCCCCUGUGGUCCACUCGGCUUUGCUCGCUCUGCGAUACUUGGCAGAAUGCCGUGCGAACAGAGAGAAGAUGAAAGGGGAACUGGGUAUGAUGUUGAGCUUACAAAAUGUUAUACAGAAAACUACAACUCCAGGAGAAACAAAACUCCUGGCCUCUGAAAUCUAUGACAUUCUUCAGUCCUCUAAUAUGGCAGAUGGUGAUAGCUUCAGUGAAGUGAAUUCACGUCGAAGGAAAGCUCAGUUUUUUCUGGGAACUACAAACAAACGUGCCAAAACAGUGGUUUUGCAUAUAGAUGGUCUUGAUGAUACGUCUCGGAGAAAUCUAUGUGAAGAGGCUUUGUUAAAAAUUAAAGGUGUUAUUAGCUUUACUUUUCAAAUGGCUGUUCAAAGAUGUGUGGUGCGAAUCCGUUCAGAUUUGAAGGUGGAGGCUUUGGCAUCAGCAAUAGCAUCAACCAAGGUUAUGAAAGCUCAGCAAGUUGUGAAAAGUGAAAGUGGAGAAGAGAUGCUGGUCCCGUUCCAAGAUACUCCUGUGGAAGUAGAGCAGAACACAGAGCUGCCCGACUACCUGCCCGAGGAUGAGAGUCCCACCAAGGAGCAGGACAAAGCAGUGUCCCGGGUCGGCUCACACCCGGAGGGUGGAGCUAGCUGGCUGAGCACAGCUGCAAACUUUUUAUCCAGGUCAUUUUACUGGUGACUUCAACUUCACUUUGGGGCUCAAGGACAGUGUGAACCAACAAGGGGCCAGUUUUCCAUUGUUGUGGUGAACUGUCAAGUGCAAUUUGCAAUAAGUUAUCAUGAAAAAGUUUUUAGAUUACAGGAUUGCGUAUGCUGCAUUUUACAUUUGAUUGGACAUUCUACCCUACUGGGUGAUAAAAAGGACAGAGGCUACAGGUGGAAUUGCUUUGUUCCUGAAGGUAUUUUGGUUUUAUUUUCCUUUGUUUCGUUGCCUCAUUUUUUAAAAACAUGGGUCCACUGUUGAAACCAAACCUGUAUGUGCAGCUUUACGUUUUAUUUUACAUGAAGCACGUGAUUAGGAAAACUUACUUUCUCCUCAAGCCUCAAGACGUAUCUGAAGAGAAGUUUCUGUGUAGCUCAAGUUGUGCAUGAAUUACUGAACAUUUUCCUCUGCUUUUCAUGAACAGUACGUGCUUUGAUCCUCUUCACUGAAAAUUGAAACCAUUUUUUGUUUAUCCCCUUUUGUGCCUUUUUUUAUUUUGCCAACCAUGUUUAUAGAAAGGACAUUACUAAUGCCAUUUUGCAAAUUAAAAUAUAAUUACUUGAACACAGAGUCCACCCCAAAAACUCUUUGCAACUUAUUUGCUGUUAUUUCAACAAGAUUAAUACAAAAUCAGUCAAAAAGAAGGAAAUAUGUAUUUUAGCAAAGUGCUUUUUGGAGACCAUUUGAAUGUGACCAGAUGUGGUUGCUGUUGACUGCUGUUCACUUUGGUUUUUAUCAGCUCUUGAGAGUUAAGUCCACCAUGCUAUUGCGAGCACUUGUAAGUGGUCUCUAGGCCUUACUUUGUGAUUACAUACUAUCUCCCGCUGGACAAAAUAGUAGGAAAGAACUGCCAAGCUUGAAAAAGGAAAACACAAAUCGCACGCCUGUGAUGCCACAGUGCCACUUUGGAAGAGUUGAACUUACAUGGUUGCCUAGCAGAAGCCUGUUCAGUAGGCAUUUCUUUGUAUUGCCUUUGUGAAUUUAUUAUGAAAAUGCUGCAGUCAUAUUCAGUAAAACAAAAAAAGAAAGACCCAAAUUAUUGCUUAUAAAAGAAAUAAAACCAGCAUUGGUCAUUUAAUCUUGUUUCUCAUGUGCAGCCAGAAAAAGAAAACUUUAGUUAAGGUAAGAUAUAUUAUGCACACACAUAUAUUUUUUGGUAGAUAGAAGCUAAUUAAUUGUGUGAAAUGCUUUAUUAAAUUUCUAAAAUAUUUGGCAACUAAAAUUUUCUUUUUGGAAAUUCACCUAAAUCCAAAUACAUUUUAAAGUUAAUAUGAUUGAAAACUAAUAACAAGAAAUUUAAAUUCCUUUUUUAUAACAUGUAGAGCUGCUAUUUUACUACUUGGAGAAUGUGAAGUGCAAAUUGUACCCAGGAGGGUUUCCGUCCAUUUUCAUAACUUCUCUUUUAGAGAAUAUUAAAAGCAUCCAGUAUUACUUGGAGAAAAAUAAUUGUAAACUACCAUCAACAAGGAGAGUCUAGAUUUUGUUAACAUUGUGACCUUCUAGAGGGAGAGGCAUUGAGGGUAUUAAGAAUGAUGCUUUUUCAUGUAUCUGGUAUCUGAUUCAAGUUACACGCACAAACAGAAAAUAUAAGCAUUCAGGGCACAUUCUGCUUUAAAUGUAUAAUGCGACUUGCUGCCAGAACCAGAUGUGUUGAAAAAAGAAAACAAAACCACCUCCUUUCUAUAGCCAUUAAAGCAAAGUUUACUGUUCUAACAA